CUCCCAGAGACCUCGGUUUUGCACAAGCCGGCCUUGAAAUCAGAGCCUUUCGAACAACUCGGAGAGCGUGUGCUCGGCGACCGCGGGCUUGGCCAGCGGCGUGCGCUCGGCGCCCGGCGCCCCGAGCCCCACGCGCGCUGGGCGGGCGCCAUGGAGGAGGGCUCCAGCUCGCCCGUGUCCCCCGUGGACAGCCUGGGCACCAGCGAGGAGGAGCUCGAGCGGCAGCCCAAGCGUUUCGGCCGGAAGCGGCGCUACAGCAAGAAGUCGAGCGAAGAUGGCAGCCCGACCCCGGGCAAGCGCGGCAAGAAGGGCAGCCCGAGCGCGCAGUCCUUCGAGGAGCUGCAGAGCCAGCGCAUCCUGGCCAACGUGCGCGAGCGCCAGCGCACCCAGUCGCUCAACGAGGCCUUCGCCGCGCUGCGCAAGAUCAUCCCCACGCUGCCCUCCGACAAGCUCAGCAAGAUCCAGACGCUGAAGCUGGCCGCCAGGUACAUAGACUUCCUCUACCAGGUCCUGCAGAGCGACGAGAUGGACAAUAAGAUGACCAGCUGCAGCUACGUGGCCCACGAGCGCCUCAGCUACGCCUUCUCCGUGUGGCGCAUGGAGGGCGCGUGGUCCAUGUCCGCCUCGCACUAGCGCCGCGCCACCCACGUCCGGACCGGCGCGCCAGGCACCGUCAGCCACAUGGUGUUGUGCAGCCAGCACUGAGACCCCAGAGAGCGCAGCGGGCUGGUGGAUGUUUGUUUUGGGAAUCCAGCCAGAAGCGCCCAGGAGGACUCAGAAGAAAUCCCAAAGAAUCUGAGUGGGAAGGGCGAGUGCCGAAGACAAAGGGGCCGUGGUUGCUGCUGUGCCUGCUCCUGGUCCCCUGGUCCCGGCAAAGACACCCACCAGGGAGGGGGACAGACUCCCACCAGCUGCCGAGAGGGCUCCAGAGGGAGACAGAAGGGCAGGACUCUGGUUGCGGGCCGCUCCCCUCGUUAAGGUGUGCAAUCCACCUGAUGGGAACAGGACUCCCACACAAGCCAGACUCGUGUCGUCUCAGGCCCCCGUCCAUCCUUCACCACCGCUGGUCCCCCUGCAGCUGCAGAGCAGACACACUUUGAUUCAUUAGCACCUUAUUCACAUUUGCAGCCCAGCAGAGCUUUCCCAGGGGACAAAGAGUCCAUGUCCACCACUGCGUGCCCGGGACCUUGGGACCAGCACUCCCAUCACGACAGCCCUUUGUCCAACUCGUCUCCAGAAACGUCAUCCAGGUGACAUGAGCUAAGUUGUCACCCCUGGGGACACAGUGCCCCUCACCCCGUCCUUCUCACGUCUCUGAAGCUCGUUGGGCGUGGGUGUCACCGUAGUCCCCCACUCAU